AUAAAAAGGAGUCCCUUCCUUAAUGCAUUUCAUCCGGUUCAAGGAAAAAAAAAAAGGAGUCGCCUCUUUUUUCCAAAUACUAGUGUUGGGAAACAAUGAGGUUACUUGUCAUCCUCGUAAGCUACAUGUUGACAUGGGGUCUCUUUUCCUCCUUUGUACCAACUUCUGCAUCUGCAGGGAUCAACCUGUGGCCAAAGCCUACUUCUUUGUCAUGGCCUCAUCCACAGGCCACUUUUCUCUCCCCAACUUUCUCCAUCUCAUCCCCCAACCACCCUCACCUCUACCCCGCGGUCAACCGCUAUCUCCUUCAAAUUUUAACAGAGCACCAUCAACCUCUCAUAGAUCCCGCCGUCAAUCUCUCUAACUCAUCCCCUCCCUUGCAGAUUCUCGCCAUCGCCGUAGCCGAUCUUUCCGCCCCACUUCAUCAUGGUGUCAAUGAAACUUAUAGCCUUUUCAUCCCCAGUGCAGGGCACACCGCUAAUCUGACGGCUCAGACUGUGUGGGGAGCAAUGAGGGGUCUGGAGACAUUCUUCCAAUUGGUGUGGGGUGAUCCCUCUCGCGUGCCAGUGGGGCUCUACCUAUGGGACUCGCCGCUCUUCGCCCACAGAGGGGUUAUGUUGGAUACCUCCAGGAAUUACUAUGCCGUGGAGGACUUAUUGAGAACUAUUGGGGCCAUGAGUGCUAAUAAAUUGAAUGUGUUCCACUGGCACAUUACAGAUUCCCAUUCGUUUCCUUUGGUGCUACCAUCUGUGCCUGAACUUGCAGCCAAGGGUUCUUAUGGGCCAAAUAUGCAGUACUCCCCGGUGGAUGUUGCAACCAUUGUUCAGUUUGGUUUGGAACAUGGGGUUAGGGUUAUACCAGAAAUCGAUACUCCUGGACAUACAGGAUCGUGGGCUGAAGCAUACCCAGAUAUUGUGACAUGCGCAGGCAUGUUUUGGUGGCCAGCUGGAAGUGAAUGGGCUGACCGACUUGCAUCUGAACCAGGAACUGGCCAUCUAAACCCACUGAACCCCAAGACCUAUGAAGUCCUAAAAAAUGUCAUUGCUGAUACCGUCACCUUAUUUCCUGAACCAUUUUACCAUGCUGGAGCUGAUGAAAUCAUCCCAGGUUGUUGGAAAGCUGACCCAACUAUUAAGUCUUUCCUAUCUGAUAAUGGAACCCUCAGUCAGCUACUAGAGAACUUUGUCAAAUCAACCUUGCCUUAUAUUGUAUCACUCAAUCGCACUGUGGUGUACUGGGAGGAUAUUUUGUUGGAUGACAAUGUCAAGGUGGAUGCGUCAGUGCUUCUGCCUGAGCAUACAAUCCUUCAAACAUGGAACAAUGGUCCAAACAAUACAAAACUGAUUGUUUCUGCUGGUUACAGGGCUAUUGUGUCAUCCUCAGAAUUCUAUUAUUUAGAUUGUGGGCAUGGCGACUUUCUGGGAAAUGACAGUCAAUAUAAUCAGCCACCAACAGGUGGUGAUACUGGGAAUGGCGGAUCAUGGUGUGGACCAUUCAAAACAUGGCAAACCAUAUAUAAUUAUGACAUAACAUAUGGAUUGAGCCAAGAAGAGGCCAAAUUGGUACUUGGAGGAGAAGUGGCAUUAUGGUCAGAGCAAGCGGAUCCAACAGUUUUGGAUGCACGGAUUUGGCCUAGAGCUUCAGCAAUGGCAGAGACUUUGUGGUCAGGAAAUAGGGAUGAGACAGGCAGGAAGAGGUAUGCUGAGGCAAUGGAUCGUUUAAAUGAGUGGAGGUACAGAAUGGUUAGCAGAGGAAUUGGCGCUGAACCUCUUCAGCCACUUUGGUGCACUAGGAACCCAGGCAUGUGUAAUACAGUUCAUCCAUUUGUUUAGUUGCUCCAUUGUUUUGCCUGUAAAAUUCACUGGGGAAAUUAAGAAUGGUUCCUUGUUUCUUAAUUUCAUAAGUUUGAAUUUGAAAAUUUAGGACCUUUACUCCAAUGACCUUGUUACCCUGUAACAUAUGCUCAAAAUAGAAAGGAUAGAAAAAUCUUAACUUAAUGUCAGGACUUUGUUAACC